AUGUUGACAUCUGGCAGCUCUGGUCUUGUGCUAUAUCCUGGAUUUCUUGCAGAACACAAGUUACUGGGGCAAAUAAAAAAUGUGGCCAAGACUGCAAACAAGGACCAGCUAGUUACAGCUUAUAACCAGCUUUUUGAAACUCAGCGCUUUAAAAGCACAGAAAAUACAGAUAAAGUGACAGAGCAAGUAAAAAAUGUCAAGGUUAAUGAAGACAAGGCAAAAGAAACCAAGUCAGAAGAGAUUGUUGAUGAGGGUCCGCCAAAAUAUACCAAGUCAGUUCUGAAAAAGGGGGAUAAAACUAACUUUCCAAAAAAAGGAGACGUCGUUCAUUGCUGGUAUACGGGAAAGUUACAGGAUGGGACGGUCUUCGACACCAAUAUUCAAACAAGUUCAAAGAAGAAGAAAGGAGCCAAACCUUUAAGUUUCAGAGUUGGCGUAGGAAAAGUUAUCAGAGGCUGGGAUGAAGCUCUGCUGACGAUGAGUAAAGGGGAGAAGGCUCAUCUGGAAAUAGAACCGGAAUGGGCGUAUGGCAAGAAAGGGCAGCCUGACGCCAAGAUUCCUCCAAAUGCAAAACUCUUCUUUGAAGUUGAAUUGGUGGAUAUUGAAUGAUAUCGAAGAACUUGGUUCUGUGCUGCUGUGAAUUCAUCCAUGCGCGAGAUCUGCAAACUGCAAUUCUGUUCUUACAGCUUCAGGAGAGAGUUACAGCUGUGGCCUUCUGUAUUGAAAAUCAUUGGUUUUCUCCCCUUCCCCCCAAUUGCUGUACAGUAAAACAUCACUAAAUAAAAUAGUUUAUACAUGCA